UAAAGAAAAAAGAAAAAUAUAGGGUAAGAGUCCAUUACCAUAAACCUAAGCAGUGUAUUGAUGCAGAAAUGAAGCAAAAAAAAUCUAAUAAAAUAGCAAAAAAGCAACCAAAAUCUUGCCAAAAUUUAUUCCAGCAAAAUCGCAGAAAGGGCAAAUCCAACGUCAAGUAUUUUUUAUAAACGUCUCAGAUUCAAACCCACAACAUCAAACGGCAUCAAUCGGCUGAGUCAUCAUUAGAAGCAUGAUAACCUAGAAGGCACCGUAUCAUAUCUUUGCUUCAGAGAAAGAAAACCGCUUCUAUUCGAUUCAAUCUCUUCUCAGUUUCUCACGUUGUCCACUAACUGCCUAAACUGCACUAUAUAGGGUAACCUAUCCUCCAUUGUUACAGUUUUUCGGUUCUUCUCCGACCUUAAUAAUUUCUAUCCUCUAAUUUCCUUUGCCAAGAUGACCAACGACAACACUGAUUCUGCCUUGGAUUUCAAUUUCCCAUCAUCUUCUUCGAUCCCUGCUGCGAUCCCAUGCUACCAUCAUGAGAAACUGAGAAAGAAGCGAACCAAGUUGAUAAAGAUUGAACCCAGUUUAGUUCCUACUACUACUAGUGUUUCUGUUGUCACCAAGCCAAAAUAUCAGGGCAAAAAACCUGACCCUUCUGCUCCUAAGAUCACUAUGCCUUGUAGCGAGUGUGGUAAAAAGUUUUGGUCCUGGAAAGCACUCUAUGGCCAUAUGAGAUGCCAUCCUGAGCGCCUAUGGCGUGGGAUUAAUCCACCGCCUAAUUAUCGCAGACCUGUUUCUCCAAUUCCAGAGAUGGGUAAUGUAGAGGAAGCUGCAAUGACUUCAGCGGAUUAUGAAGCGGCUGCGUGUUUGUUAUUGUUGAAUGAUAGUGAUGGUGCAACAACAUUGGCCGAGAUGGAAUGCCGCGGCGGUGGUGGUAGUGACAGUGGUGAUGGUGCCAGACGUAGUAGUUUUCAUGUUCAUGAAGACUUGAAUGGUCGUUUUGAAUGCUUGAGUUGCAAGAAGGUGUUUGGAUCGCACCAGGCAUUAGGGGGUCACAGGGCAAGUCACAAGAACGUGAAAGGCUGCUUUGCAAUGAAUUGUGAGAUGGUUGAGGAUCACACUGGAAGUGGUGGCGGCGGCUGGCGUGGUCUGAAGGAGAAUGUGGAGGAUAAUAGUAUUGAUAAUAAGAUGUUGAUGGUGUUAGGGCACAAAUGCAGUAUCUGUUUGAGGGUGUUCUCUAGCGGGCAGGCACUGGGUGGGCACAAGAGGUGCCAUUGGGAGAAAGGGGAGGAAGCCGUAUCUUCAUCAAUGAAUCAAGGAGGAGUUGCAAGCAAGGAAGAGGAAGGUUGUGGGUUGGACCUGAACUUGCCUGCUCCAGUUGAAGAUGAAUCAUCCUCUUCUUAUUCAUUAGGCCUCGCCCUAGAUUUGACAUUGGGGCUUUGAAGGGAUAUUAUGGGGGUUUGUACGAAAAUUGGCUUGUAUUAAUAUAUAAAUAUUCCUGUAUCAUUGCUGUUGAUGCUCCAAAAUUGGGAAGCAUAUAUAUAUAUGUGUGUGUGUGUUAUAUAUAGGAAAAUUAAGUUAAGCUUGGAGAAAACUCUACUGUAAUUUAUUUCAGCGUCAUCUUUGUUGAUUAACAUAAAUAAUGUGCUUAAUUGCUUCAGUACAUAACCAUGUAGAAGAACAAAUUAAACUUUUUUUUUUUUUUUGGGAGAAUA